GCCUGUCCAUGCGGUUUUAAUAAAGGAGAAAAGACGGAACCAAUCAGCUGAUUGAAGAUGAAGAGACAUGCAGCCGGUGCCGAAACAAGGACCAAAGACCGGGUUCGUCCUGUCGUCUGAACCCGCUGCCGGUGUCGGGCAGCUCCGGGUCCGCGCUCAGAUCCUGCGCUCUUUGUCAGCCGGUUCACGCACGGAGAUCCGGGCGGGUUUGUGGCUUUUCUGUGAAUGAAGGCGCUCCCCCGGAAAGACACUCGCUGGUUUUGAUGCCUCGCGGACCAGGAAUGCUCCGGUUUGAGGUCUUUUUUCAUGCAUCCGCGUUGACCGGGUUCAUUUCGUGCUGGAUCUGAAAACCUUUUGUUUGACGCGGCUGAUGCUGCGGUUCACUCGGAUCCGGUCUUUAAUUAUCGCUCUCAUCAACCUGUAACGCUAAUUCCUCCUUAACGGUACCAAAUGAUGUGGUGACACAGCACCGCAGUCCAGGCUUGACGGACCCAGCUGGACCCAGUGUUGAACCCGGGUUGAGGAGCACCAUGCCAGAGUGCGUGUCGGUGUCGGAGUUCGUGCAGGAGGUUCAGGAGGACUGGAGCUCCCCAACCACCUCCUCCUUCACCUCCAAGAUGAUCAGCUGCAGGAACACCGUCUACCUGCUGGAGGAGGCUCUGGACAGUGAUCGGUUGGUGUUGCAGAAGAUGAAGAAAGCUGCUAAAGCAAAAUACACAUCAGGACAAGAGCAUGUGUCUUAUCUGGAGCAGUACAUUAACUCGAUGGAGAAGCUUUCGGUCAACUGUCACUCAAAUGGGGAGACGGAGGUCGGUUCCGCCUUCUGCCGCCUCGCUGACUUCUCCAAAGAGCUCAUCUCUCCAAUGAAAAAUCUGCUGAAGAGCAUGCUCCACAACAUCAACUUCUUCCUGGACUCUCUGGUUAAAGGAGACCUGAGGGAGGUGAAGGGGGUGAGGGCCUCUGAAUUUACUGCGCUGUCACUCGGUUUUCAUAGAGACUGUAAAAAUGACUCACCUCAGGACCUGAAGAAGCCUUUUGACAGAACAUGGAGGGACUACGAGAGCAGAUUUAAGCAGGUGGAGAAGGAGAAACGGGAGCUCGCCCGUCAGUAUGGGAUGGUGAGGAGCGAGGUGAGCGGAGGAGAGAUCGCUGAGGAGCUGGAAAAGGAGAGGCGCUCCUUCCAACUGAGCAUGUGCGAGUAUCUGAUUAAGGUCAACGAGAUCAAGACGAAGAGAGGAGUGGACCUGUUGCAGAACCUCAUCAAGCACUACCACAGCCACAACAACUUCCUGCAGGAGUGUGUCUCCACCAGUCAGAGGUUGAAGCAGUACAUGGAGGAGCUGAACGGCGUCCUGACCACGGUGAAGCAGCGUCAGGAGGAGGAAAAGCGACAGCUGUGUGUCCUCAGGGAUCAGCUGAGACCAGUCGUUCACAUCGAGCAGGACUCGUUGCCUAAGCAGGUGUACAGCAUGCAUCAGCUGCUCGGAGACAAACAGUAUGGGACAGAACGGACGGGGUUCCUCUACAAAAAGAGUGACGGGUUGAGGAAAAUGUGGCAGAAGAGGAAAUGCUCAGUUCACAACUGCUACCUGACCAUCGCACACGCUACCCCCAAUAAACCUCCGACCAGACUUAACCUGCUCACCUGUCAGGUUAAACCUAAUGUGGAGGACAAGAAAUGCUUCGAUCUCAUCUCACAUAAUCGGACCUACCAUUUCCUGGCUGAGGAUGAGGCUGAGUGUGUGGCCUGGAUCUCGGUGCUCAGUAACAGCAAGCAGGAGGCUCUGAGCGUGGCCCUGGACGGGGGCAGGAGAGGAGGCGGACCGGGAGAGAGCAGCGUGGAGGACCUGACCCGCGCCAUCACCGAUGACAUCAAACGCAUGCCGGGAAACAACAGCUGCUGCGACUGCGGCGCUCCGGAUCCCGGGUGGCUCUCCACAAACCUGGGCAUCCUGACCUGUAUCGAGUGCUCCGGGAUCCACAGGGAGAUGGGGGUCCACGUCUCCAGGAUUCAGUCCCUCAGUCUGGACAGCCUGGGGACCUCAGACCUGCUGUUGGCCCGGAAUGUUGGUAACUCUGGCUUCAAUGAAAUACUGGAGUCGAACCUCCUCAGUCCGUCAUUAAAACCCUCCCAGCACAGCCACAUGACGGAGCGUAAGGACUUCAUCCUGUCCAAGUAUCAGGACAUCCACUUCGCCAGGCGGAGUCACAGCUCGACUGCAGUGCUGAGACUCGGGCUCCAGGAGGCGACGAAGAGCGCCGACAUUUACAGCCUCCUCCAUCUGUACGCUCAGAGGACGGAGCUGAGCCAGCCGCUGCACACACACAUACAGGAGAAAGGGGAGUCGGCGCUGCAUCUAGCCGUCCUAUUGGCUGACAGGACGUCGCUGCACAUCCUGGAAUUCCUGGCUCAGAACUGCUCCAACGUGGACGUGCAGACAUCAGCGGGAAACACGGCGCUGCACUACAGCUGCCUGCACAACAAGAGCGACUGUGUGAAGCUGCUGCUUCGAGCCAGAGCCAACACAUACAUGAAGAACGAGUUGGGAGAGACGCCUCUGGACGUGAGCCGCAGGCUGAAGCACGGCCAGUGUGUGGCGCUGCUGCUGCAGGCCCAGUCCAACCAGUUUGACCAUCACGUCCACGUGGAGUACGAGUGGAGGCUUCGUCAUGACGACAUCUACGACAGUGACGAUGACUUUGAGGACAAGAACGGUCCAGUGAAGAAGGAGCGCACAUCGGCCUCCGCGUCCUCCACCUUCACCUCCUCCUUCUCCUUCCCCUCCCGUCCCUUCAGCUUCAGUCAGUCCAUGUCGUCCUCCGUCGCCCCGCUCUCCUCUGCCUCGGCAGGGGGUGCAGGAGGAGGCCUGCUCAGCGUCGGGAGGAGGCUCGCUAUGGCCAUGGAGCUGCACAGCCGACCCUCUGGCUCGGUUCCCAGUCCUCCUCCACCUCCCCCAUCCUCCCCCGCACCCCCGCUACCCCCCAGGGUCAAAGCUCCCACUGUUCCUCCUCCCCCACCUCCUGCUGGAGGAGAGGGAGUGGCUGAUGAAGAGGAGGAAGAGGGAGAAGUCUUCUUCUCCCAGACAGGAAACAGAAAGUCAACGCCGCCCACUCCCAUUGGCAUCCGACAAAAGAGGAGCUGCUCCGAGUCCAGUAAACACGAUUACGGGUUGCCAACCAGUCCCAGGAUCUACAGUGGUCCAGACUCCUCAUUUAAAAAGUGUGUUCCAUCUUCCCCUCCCAGCUCCCUGACUGAACGACCAGACAGAGGUUUUCGAAGAGCAGACAGUGAGUGCAACUCACACCAACUGCCCUCUAGUAAAGCUCCGCCCAAUGAGUCUCCAGCCAAUCACCGCUCUCAAAGCUUUGAGAGUGAUUGCAGGGGCCCCGCCCCUCAGCCGCUGCCUCGCAGAUCAUUGCCUCGUGGCACAACGAGCCGUCGGGUUCAGGCUCUGUACGACUGCCAGGCCGACCAUCACGACGAGCUGAGCUUCUGUGAGGGACAGGUGCUGGUGGUCCUGGGGCAUGAGGACAGUGAUUGGUGGCAUGGCUACAUAGAGGAGGAACCAGACCAGAGGGGCCUGUUUCCUUCCUCCUUCGUCCAGAUGCUCUCAGACUGACAUGGACCUCGGCCAGUUUAGGUCCCAGUGGGGCUUUAGUCCAGCACAAAUCUAGACCACAGCACAACCCGAAGCUCAGGAGAACCAAACCAGAACCAAAAUGGAUUAGUACUGAGAGCUGAAGCCUCCAUUGAACCAGGACUGUGACCUGGUCUUGUCCAGCUGCAGCUUCCUGUGAGUUCUACAGUCCAUCCUUGGUUCCUGUUGUUAUAACAACUUCAACUUUCUGUAACUGUGAAAACAGAUGACCUUUUUGUGAUGAAACUAGACAAGACUUGAUGGUACACUGAUCAUGGCACCAUGGAGACAGGCCUCCAUAAAGUAAUCAGCAAGGAUCUAAUACUUUAUUUAUUUUUUGUUAAUAUUUAUUUUUAAUACAAAAAAUGUAUUACCCACAAACAGGGUCACUUCAGAAUGCACUGGACAUUUAUUUGAAUCUAAAUCUAAAUAACAUUUGUUAGGUUAAUUUAUUUAUUUAAAGUUAUUGCCUGUAGCGAAGCCACCAAAGGAGCUGCUUCUGCUCCAUUUUAGGCUUCACCACCUGAGGGACAGGUCCAGUCGUAACAGCUGGACUGUUGGAAGAGAAAUACCAUCGGUUCUAAGUUCAGGUAAAUUUCACAAGACGUGAGGCCUGAAAUCUGACCCGGUGGCCUGUGAUGUCACAACAGCUCAGCGAUUAACGGCAUGGUCACAUUAUGUUUGCGUUACCUACACAGUUCACAAAAAAAUAGGACACGUGUGCAAUGUCUGUUCUUGCUUCGAAAACGUAGUGUGACCAAGCCUGAAGUGCCAGUGUGUUGCUCCCACUGCUACAAAUACGAAUUUGUUUAUUAAUAAAAUGAGAAAAUCUCUUUUCACAAUGAAAUACCUGCAUGCUGAAUACGUAUUUUCCUAUUACUAUCUAGUGAUUAAUUAAGUAACGUUUAUAUAAACAGUUAUAAUGAAAAUUGUUACGUCAGCAUAUGACACAUCGGAAUGAAUCUCAGUACAAAGUUAAAACCUAAUACUUUGGUUUAUAAUAAUAAUAAUAAUGACAUGUUGUCAUAAGGAUGAAAACACACUUGUCUUAUGUUGAAUUGAUUGUUUCAACCUUUACCUCCAGAAGUGUUUUUUUUCCUAUAAAAAAGACAAACUUCAAAGCUGAAUGUUUUUUAUUUGGUGGCAGGUUUAUGUUUUCAUUAAAAUGUCACAGUGCUUCAGUC